AUGGCAGUGCUGCCUUUUAUUUCUUCCCGUCACCCCAUCCCGCGGCGGCCGGGAAGCGGCGCGGAUGUCGGACCGUUCGUCAAUGUCGUUACCUGGACCUUGCUGAUUACUUCCGCACUUGCAGUCCUAACUAGGCUGAUUACGAAACGUGCCCUCCGGAGGAGGAUAGAUAUUGACGAUGCUUUUGUCAUGCUGGCUCUGGCCUCAAGCAUAGCAUCAGGUGGGGCCGUCAGCCUUCAGACGCAUAAUGGCCUUGGGAGGGACAUAUUGCUACUCACCCAAAGUCAGCUGGCGGCAUAUCGAAAAGCCGAAUAUGCAAACAACCUUCUCUAUAUCUCGACUUUGGGGUUUGCGAAGUUGUCUAUCAUCUCGCUGCUCAUGAUUCUCACGGCCUCAAAAACCCACCGCAACCUCGGUCUAUCACUAGCUGGCUUCAUUGCACUGUGGACGAUAUUCUCAAUGUGUCUUGCAGCUUUCCAGUGCGGAGCCACUGAGCCAUGGCGCUUCUUAGGGAACGAAGAGAUGUGUUUCAAUGUUGUUUCUUUUUGGCGUUCCGUGGGUGCUGUCAAUAUCCUCACUGACCUGGCACUUAUUGCUUUUCCAGUGCAUGUUGUCAUGACACUGCAAAUGAGCAUGAGUAAGAAGAUAACUAUCCUCACCUUUUUUGGUGCACGGUCACUAGACAUCGUUGCGACUGCCGUCCAGAUGAUCUACCUCGAUGGUUUCACAUCGCCCAAUCCCACCAAGGCACUCUGGAAAUGGACACUCCUCGCUCAGAUCAUUGAGUGCAUCACGAUCAUUACAUCUUGCGUACCCUACAUACGACCCCUAUUAGAAUCGGUUCCAUCAGGAUUAUAUGCGAGUGACGAUCUACGCCGACGAGGUACAUCAUCUGAGCAUGGCAUCUCCCGCAGUAAAAACAGUUCCUAUCAGCUAUCUAGUAUCGUCUCCAGAGUCGGCACCGGGAUCACAAGGUCAAGUAGAAAAAGUCUCCAUACUGAAAAUACUCGAAUCAAACGCUUCUUGCCGAUACUCUCACAAGAAAAAACUACGCAUACAAACUCUGCUUCAGGGAUACCUGGAGGUCCAAGGCGCUUGGAUGGCGCAACGGAUGUAGAAAUCUCAGCCGUACAUCAUAGACAUACGGAUGACAAGAGGUGGGAGACUGCGAGCACGGGAAGCCACUCUAAGAUCUUGAAGACGACGGUUGUUAGCGCCGAGUGGGAAGAAGCAGAAUUCAAGGGGCACGAUGCGUCGAGUGAUGAGAUUGAAGUUAUUCGUGGAGGCUAG